AAACUGCAAGUCUUAUCGUAUAUAGUAAUGUCCACACAGAGACAUGUAGUCUAGCUGUUUGAUUAGCAUCUAAUUAAUAUAUUCUAAUAACAAUAACAAUAAAUUCAGUUGAGUUUCAGAUAGCAACGGCGUGUAAUAGGACCUGAACAAAAGACACAAGUAACUGAAUACGUAGGAUUGAGAUAGACGAUAGAAAACAUGACCGCUGGAAGAAAUGAACAUUCACCCAAAGGCAGAGCGAAGCCUAUUGAAGUUGACAGAGCAAGGGAAAUGAAUGACACAAAGAAAGAUCAAUAUGGGAGAGAUGCCUGGUGGAGAGAAAGUCUGAAAGACUCUCCCAACCCAGGUUGCUACCACAUCCGUGGCUUCAUCGAAGAGGCGGCCCUCAACCCAAUUCGGUUGACUUACGGGUUCCGGGGCACAGGCAGGAAAGUACCCCUUCAGCGCGUCCGAAAGGGGGAUCUGCUGCUGCCCGGAGCGUACAGCUACACUGACUCCAUCCAGGAGGCCCUUCAACGGCCAGCUUUCUACUCCUUCAAGAACUGCCCCCGGCCCCAGAACUUCACCCUGGGCGUCCGGGACAAGGAUGUAAACAUACCACCAUGGCACUAUGACUUAAUGGAGAAACCCAUUCCCAAGUCACCGUGCAAACAUGUGAUGUUCCGUUCAGCAGUACCACGCCAGACCUUCCUCCCUAGAGAAGGACCAGCACCCGGCCAGUAUGACAUAAAGGAGCGCCCCACCCGUGCCGUCACUUCCUGCUUCAGGUCUACGGUGCCCCGCCUACAUAGCGUGCGCUCUAGAACUCCUGGGCCUGGGGCAUAUGAGGUGUCCAAGCUGAGGCUCCACCACCCCGGGACAGAGGCCAGCGCGGGACGCGCUUACGGCCUUUUCUUCCGCAACGUCUUCUAAUUUCAAAAAGAAGAGGAGAGACUUCUUCAGCGGAAAAAUGCAAAAAUGCUAUCCGUACCUCUGCUUUGUUACCGAUUGCUCAGUCAUACGUUCACCAACUGUUCAUGCGUCCAUUCAACUAUGGCUGUGAUGAAGUUUUUGUAUUUUAAGUUAAAGAAUUAACAAUCAACCUUUGAUUUUUGAUUUCUGUUAAAUGCAGAUCUGCACAUAUAUGUGCAAGCACCUGCACAUACCCAAACAUGUGCACCCAUGUACGUAUAUGUAUAUAUUCAGUAUACACGCACCCACAUUACUAGUACAGACAUGCAUGCACAGUCACAUGCACACAGACUUGCAAAAACGCAAGGCGUACAUGACCUUCUACCAACCUCCAUCCAGUCUGAGACAUUACAGUCAGUUAAUUUUACCAUAGCGAAAACAAACCUCAUGACAUUGUUGUAACACAAAUUACAGCCUUAAAUAAAGCAUAGCCUGCUUUCUAAAUGUA